GCCAACGUGGAGGGAUGAGCGCAGGAGUUGAGGCCCGUGCACUUUUUCGUGCGUUCCUGCGAGAAGGCCGCCGCUUUCCGAAUUACAACAUUCGCGAAUACAUACAGCGGCGUGCAAAGGAAGGCUUUCAAGAGGCAGCUUCAAUUACAGAUAUUACGGCUGUUGAUGCGCUGCUGCAGAGUGGGCGCCAGGAGCUGGAGGUCGUGAAGCGUCAGUCGUUAGUGUACCGGCUUUAUGGCCGGAAAGUCAAGAAUGUCCUGGAGUUGGACUUGGCGUUUAAGCCCGGGGUGAAACCAGGAGACAUGAGCGCGUAAUUAACGAACUCAGCGACACCAACGUGGCAGAGUGCGCGUUACCCUGUAGAAGCGGUCCCUGUGCAGCGCAUUUGAUGUAGUAGAAUGAGGAGCAGCAUGCGCAUACGUACUAACCUAUGGCAGCUGAAUACAGCCAUUAUUGCUGCCGGUUCUUGGCAGCCGGUACGUACCAACCCUUUCCCAGCCAUUCCCAUUCAGCUUCAGCUUGGCCGCUAUUUUAACGGGUAUUUCCAUGCUUUGACGAGGUUUGUUGUGUCCAUUGUGGUUCCCUAUUUCCCUAUGGAUUUAAAAACCUCUCCUUGAAUCACCGAGCAGCUGAACACUAAUUCUGUUGGUGGUCGCAUGAGGGGUUGCAGUCGUCGAAGUUGAAGUUACUCGUUGGCUUAUUGCUUGCCAAUGAAUGCCGUGUUUUUCUGCCCGUGAACACUUCGUCAUAGUUCGUGCCCCAUUAUCAAGUAGGAUCAAGUUGUGUAUUGCUCUCUAUACGCAUGUAUGUUUAGGCAACUGAGGAGCCUUGAAUUAGGGGUCAGGUCUGUUUUCGAGCUGCAACUGUCGUAGUUGCAGCAUGAAAGACCAUGGAGGCGGGUACAGGUGUAGUUGAAGAGAUCGCAUUCAACAGGCAUGGCAUAGUUAAAGCACCGUGGAUUGUUACGGAAUGUGGGUAGCCUGGUUAUUAUGGCGCCUUUAAGCCUCUGUUUCCGCA